UCCUCAAGAAUCCUACGUAGGUUUUCUCCUGUCUGUGCCCGAUGAAAGUCGCCGUUUUUACGCAAAUACGGACGUUUCGACGCUGUGGAGGAACCAUAUGUAUGAUCAAUAACGACCGUCCUUUACUGUCUAAGAAUGGUGAAAUGAUGCCUCGCUUCUGAGUGAGGGAGCGAAUGGGUUCUCCCUCAUAUUAUAUAUUGACGCCAGUGAACAGCAUUUCUACCAAGGUAGACCAGACCAGUUAUUGCAGAAGGUACAGCAUUGCAUCAUUAAAAGACACCAGGCAUAUCUACCAUUCAGCUUGACGGCAAGUUGAAAAGGAAUUCGAUAAAAACAUGAAACAACCAAAAACAAAAGACUCGAGACUACUUCAAAAGGAAUUCCCGAUCAUAGCACCGUGUUGACGGUUUCUCCUUGUUGACCGAAUCAAUAAAUAAUGCGGCAAGUGCGCAAAACCAAGGAAUUGGAGAGGUGUGAAAAGACAAGAAACGCCGCCCUUUGGUCACUGGGCAUUCGUUCGUAACGGCUACUUCGAAGAGGAAGAAGAAGAAGAAGGCUCCACGGUGCUGGCAUAAGGCUAUUAGCUAGCUCCAGCUUGAUCUCUCAGCUAACACCGUCAGCUCGAACAUAAUGAAAAAAUCGUCGGAAUUCAUUCUUCAAUUGGCUGUGAUGCUUUUAACUAACAAAAGUAUUGCGUUUCUACUUCGCUACACAGAAGGAAAACAAAACUACCAUUACCAGAAUGUGAGCGACACAAUAUCGCAUAUUCUGGGCUCAACACCAACUCCCGAUAACUGUGCCAUUCUAAUGGUUGCGGACAACGGCGUAACUUCUCCUCACUUGAAAGAGUUGUCUGGUUCUGUCGUUGGUGGGUCAGGCACUGCUAUUUUUGGACUGGAUCCUUUCGACCCUUACUCCAAUUCAACCAGAGAUAGCUUCGCCGAAGCCGUCAGUCACAUGAAGCAGCUUCGUCAGACGUCACCAUGCGUCGUCCUGCUGACAGUCAGCGAGGACCCGCGCUUUCUGGCUGAGCUCUCCCGGUGUGUAGACCGAGAUCGGCUCCUUCUGUGGGAGACGAAGGUCCUGGCCGUGACGAAGCUUCCCCUGCACGAUCUGAGGGACUUCCUGGAAUCCAGCUGGGUGUUCUCCAUGACCAACGCCAUGGUUCUGAACUUCGACGAUAAGGCUGAUGGCUCUAGGGGCGGCGUCUACAGCUACCUGCCAUACGGCAGGAGUGGACGAGGACAGAUGGUCAGGGUAGGAAGCUGGUCCCAGGAGGACGGUCUGACGGUGGUCUCGAACUUCCAGCUCUACCCUGAGAAAUACCUGAAGUCAUCCUCCUGGUGA